AUGGCGAGUAGAGCGGCUUACUUUUCCCCGUCGGAGGGAGAAAUCCGGAUGGAGGCAUACGAGGAGGUGAAAGACAUUAUUAAAAAGAAAUGCAACACCGCCACAGUGAUAAAGCAAAGAGAAAACACGUGGCAAAGUGUUGCUGACCGUCUGAAUGCAAGACUCUGUGACAUCAAAGAGGAGUUCUAUAGGAUUGCAGGUUUCCCCAAUGUCACUGGUGCACUGGACUGCACACACCUCAGCAUAAGAUCCCCCCCAGGGGCCCAUGAGGUGGAUUUUGUGAAUAGGAAAUCAUUUCACAGCAUUAAUGUUCAGAUGGUCUGCAAUGCUGACUGUAUGAUCAACAGUCAUGGACUGAGCCAGGCAGAAUGGCCUCAGUCCAUGACUCCAGAGUCUUUGGGACCUCUGAAAUCUCUAUCACAAGGUGAAUUGUCUGGUGUGUUGCUGGGAGACAGGGGGUCUGCCUGCCAGCCUUUUCUCCUGACACCAUUCACAGACCCCCAGGACGCACAGCAGGCCUACAACCAUGCCCAUGCCAGGACCAGGACCAGGACCAGGACCAGGCCCAGAGUUGAGAUGACCUUUGGCCUCCUGAAGGCACGCUUUCAGUGUCUUCACUGUCCUCCACAAUGUGGCCUGCCUGAGGAAGGAGAGGGCCCCCAGAGGGCCCCCAGCCAUGGACUGGGACAAUCCAGCAAUAUUCCCAGAUGACGACAGUGGUCGUCUCAUGAGGGACCAAUAUGUGUUGAAUUAUUUUAGUUGAUAUGCAUACUUUCAAUUUAAGUUAAAUAUGUCCUGCAGUGGCAGAGGAAUUUGUGUUUAUUUAUUUAUUUUUUAUUUAAAUUUAUUUGGCCUCUUAUGAUGAUUGUGCUGUAUACUGUGUGUAUAAAAGCUAGCAGGGAGGCUACUGCAUCAUUCGUCUGUUCAUUCCAUGUGUAUGGAUUUGUCCUGCAUUUAUUUCAGUGUGCAGACAUGCGGGGUGUAUUAUAUUCAGACCUUUUAAUGUGUAUUUAUCCUUGCGUGUAUAAUAUACUUUGACUCUGUGCUUUCUAUCUUGAAGAGUCACUGUGACUUCAGUUUUGAAAGGAGCCGAUGGUUUACCUGAUUUAUCCUUAUUCAAUAAAGGAACAUAAUGUUACACUUUGUGUAUAUAUUUAUUUAUAUGGGAUGUGUAUUUUAUACGACCGAGUUUUAGGGCCACAUUGAGGAAGACAACAAAAGUCAUAAAUUUAUGAGACUGAUUCUUUCUGCGGAACAGAUGUAUUGUCUUGCAUCUUUUUAAAGUCCUGAUACUUCAUUUUUUAAGAUAA